UCUCGUCACAAAAACAGAAAACGUCACGCACACAUGCGCAUAUAGGGUGCCAUACUGACGCAUCGUUUGUUGUAUAGUCAACUGUUUCUCACUGGACUGAGGCAUGCCUGUGGCGGAUAAUUGUUUUUACCGCAUUCAACAGUGUUUUCAAAGCAAGGGGCGAAAGCCAAGGCUGUAACAGUGGAGGCUUGUAGCACCAACGGGGAGAGGUCCGCUAAAUACCGUUAAUCCUCUAAGAAUGGGGGGGGCAAUCCAAGGCAUUGAACUGAGGUAUCACGAUUCUAGUGUGAAAUCUAACCAGUGUUUUCGACGAUGCCGACUUGGACACUUUUACCAUGGAGCUGCAAGCUUUAAGAGUGAAAACAAGAAAUUACACUAGGAGACUCGUUUGGUGGCAGGAAGCUAUUUUUGCGCACCUGGAGAGAAAUAACCAACACAUGGAAAGCUGUAAAGUGUGAUUUAAAAAAAAAUCUCGCCCCUGGACUAUGUGGAUUGAUUUUUUUUCAGUCUCUUCUCAGCAUUCCCUCAGUCAGUCGACGGAUUUUUGCCAUUACAGCUCAGUAGAGGGUGUCAGAUCUUUCUUUCACCGCGCUAGGAUGAACACAGUCUCCGCGUUCCUCUUUUUGUGAUUUCCGAAUCGCAACAGUGGGGCGAAAAACGGCGCAAACGAACGAGGCAAAACACCGAAGGAUGUGAGGGGGGAUGCGGGUGUUUUGCAGCGGUGGGACCGCCUCUACAGCUCCAGCGCAGGGUGUGAAUUAAGCACCAAGGGAGAAGGAACAGCUCCCGACGCCGCAGCACGCAGCACGACUGGGGGAAAGAAAAAGAGCACGGAUCUGUUCGUUUUUUCUGCCAAGGUCAGUCUUAAACGAACUGAAAAAGCCAAAGCAUGUGUUGGACUGUACUGCCGCUAGCUGCUUUUGAUUUUUAUCAGAGGCUCUGACGAUUCAGUCGCUUUGAAAGAGACGUUUAUGUGGUCAUUUUCAAACUGGAAGACUGGGCACAAGAGCAGGUUAGAUGCAGCAUGGAUCUGUUAUAAAGACUGCCUUAUCGUCUCCCUAAAUGUCUAUAUCUCCUUUUUUUCGUGUUGAUGCAGACGAAAUUCACAGCUCGUAUGUCUUGAAACCAGGAAUGAAUUUUUCACGUUGAAAAAUGCUGCUUUGGAUUGUUCUGCUGAAUGCGGCUCUUUGUGUUGCUAGUGAAAAUGUUACAAGGGACGUUUGUAAGGAGCAGAUAUGCUCUUGUAACGAGAUAGAGGGAGAUCUUCACAUAGACUGCGAAAAAAGGAGCUUCACCACUCUGCAGCAUUUGACUGGCCCGAGCUCGCAGUUUUACCACUUGCUUUUGCACGGGAAUUCUCUAUCCAGGCUUUUCCCCAACGAGUUUGCCAACUUUUACAAUGCUGUGAGCUUGCAUUUGGAAAACAAUGGGUUGCACGACAUUGUCCCCGGCGCCUUUCUGGGAUUGCAGCUAGUGAAAAGGCUGCACAUCAAUAACAAUAAGAUAAGAUCAUUCAGGAAGAGUACAUUUCUGGGUUUAGACGACUUGGAAUAUCUCCAAGCUGAUUUCAAUCUACUAAGGGAUAUUGACCCCGUUGUUUUCAGGGACCUAAAUAAACUUGAAGUGUUAAUACUUAAUGACAACCUCAUCAGUGCGCUACCUUUAAAUGUAUUUCAACAUGUGCCCAUUACGCAUCUCGACCUGCGGGGAAACCGAAUCAAAACGUUGCCUUAUGAGGGGAUCCUUGAACAAAUACCGGGCAUUGCGGAGGUUUUGCUGGAGGACAACCCGUGGGACUGUAACUGCGACCUGGUUUCUCUUAAGGAAUGGCUGGAGAACAUACCGCAUAACGCGCUUAUUGGAAGGGUGAUAUGUGAGGCGCCCACCAGGCUGCAAGGGAGCGACUUAAACGAGACGUCAGAGGAGGAUCUGUGCCCUUCGCAGAGCGGCGGCGUGGACGGCAGCCUGGUCGCCCCUCCCACCCAGGAGGAGACCUCGGAGCCUGUGGCCCAGGGCACGCGUCCUACGACUUUCAAGCCCAGCGGUGACGCCAGUGGGCCCCCGACGGCCGGCGGCCACGGACCCAAGAGCCGUUCCAAAUCUCGAGAGAACUGGCAGCUGAAAACUAAGCCCACUCCAGUGGUGACAGGUGUGAACGGGGACAGAGAGCAGCUGCACAACAUGACGUGCCCCCAGCCGUGCAACUGCAAGCUGGUAGGGUCCAGACAAGGGCUCGGGGUCAACUGUGAGGGCAAAAAGAUCGAGAGCUUGUCCAACCUCAAACCCAAGCCCUUGGCCGCCCACGAACUGAACAUGAGAGAUAACAACAUACACGCAGUGAAAAAGAACCAGCUACUCGGCUACUUCAGUCUCAACCUGCUUGAUCUGGGCGGAAACAACAUCAAGGUGAUUGACAACGGCACUUUCCAAAACCAGAGCGAACUAAGAUGGCUCUAUAUGGAUAAGAACUAUCUGGAUACGCUCAUAGCAGAGAUGUUUAUGGGCCUUGUGAAUCUGGAAUAUCUCAGUUUGGAAUACAACGACAUCCAGCUGAUAGUGGCAGGUGCAUUCAGCCCCAUGCCAAAUCUGAGGGUUCUGUUCCUCAAUAACAAUUUGCUCAAAUCUUUGCCCGUGGAUGCUUUCCUUGGGAUUUCUUUAUCAAAAAUUAGCCUGCAUAAUAAUUAUUUCCCAUAUCUCCCUGUAGCUGGCGUCUUAGACCAGCUCAAUUCAAUCAUACAGAUCGAUUUGCACGGGAAUCCGUGGGACUGCUCGUGCAACAUCGUGCCCUUCAAGCAGUGGACGGAGAAGCUCGGGGCCGAUGUGAUAGUGAGUGACCUCAAGUGCGAGUCCCCUGAAGAGUUCUGGAAACGUGAUUUCCGCUACGUCCGGAACGACCUCAUGUGCCCCAAACUCUAUGACAGAAUCUCGCCCACCUCCCUGUCCAAAAACAGCACUUUCACCCUGGACUCGGGGACGCGCUCGAACUCUUAUUUGGAGCCCAACAGGGUAUCCAUCUCAGUGCUCGUCCCCGGGUUGCUCUUGGUGUUUGUCACAUCCGCUUUCACUGUUGUAGGAAUGCUUGUGUUUAUUUUGCGGAAUCGAAAGAGGUCAAAGCGGAGGGACGGCAACUCUUCCGCUUCGGAAAUCAAUUCCUUACAGACAGUGUGUGACUCCUCUUAUUGGCACAGCGGGCCUUAUCACGCAGACGGGGGCGCGCACCGGGGCUUUGACUGCAGCACGCACCUCUCCACGACAAACGAUGCGUAAAGGGACUCUAGUACAACAAACCUAUACCAGACUGGAUUACAGUCACACAGACUGACAAAUGACUACGACGGCAAGAAUCAUCUGCGUUUGUUUGUCACAGUCGAACACAGACUUCUUUAUGUAUUGUUUUCUCCAGCUGAACCAAGUAAGUCAGUCUGCUGCUGCACAGGCCCCACUCUAAUAUAUGUAUAUGCCAAGCCCCCUGGCUAAACCACCCUCCCUCCCUCCUCCUCCCAGUUCUGCUAAUUGCCGCAAUCGGACUACGGAUCUGUAUGAAAAAGAAAAGAGGGAGGAAAGGAGAGCGAGGGAGAAGGCGUGUGUGUGUGUGUGUAUGAGAGAGAGAGAGAAUGAGAGACCGAGGACCCGGGGAAUGGUGCACGAACGCAUGAAUGUAAAUGUAAAUACUCGGACCGAUGUAUCAUAAUCUGCAUGAUGAUAUUUCGCAUGGUUUCAACACACAGGACGGCGAGGAACCAUAACCACCAUUAACCAACAAAGAAGCAAACUCGACCCUUUCAUGUUAUAUCAAUAUGACGACUAUAUAGAUAUUAAGAAUUAUAUAUGACUAUUACAAAGUGCCAUUUCUCUAUUUUUUGUGAACCUACAGUUAGGAUUUGUAUUUGUUGUUUUAAACUUGUUUGGAGAAAAGAGAAAAAAUCACUAAUGGAUAUUGAUGACUAUCUGAAAGGAGUGAUGGAAGUGAAGCUGUCAGUGCAUGUUAUUUUCUGUUUGUUAUCAUUUGGUUGUCGAUAAAUAUUGGGGUUAUUUAUACCGUACUAGAUGGUGCAGAUUAAAUCCAUGUCUGCGCAGUCAUCAUCUCCUUUAUGAAUGUAAACUGUGUUAUUUUAUGGUGUGCCAAUUGUUGACUUUCAGAUAUUCAGACAUGCAGAUGAGCAUGACCAAUUAACGUCACUCAGAUGCUUAUGCUGCAAAGUUAAUGUAGCUAAAAUAACAGUUCUGUGGUUUUAUGUGUUAAUGAAUAUAGCCUGCUUUGGGAGAGAGGAAAAAAAUCAACCAGUCGUUUAAAUGGGGGGUUUAUACCAUCAUAUUUUUUCAACAAUUGAAAAAGAAUUGUUUUCACUAAAGCUAUGUAGGUAUAAUUCGAUCUAUGUUAACAGCGCAGGUAGACUGAUAUAGACUAGAAUGCUUUUUUAAUGUCAGAAAAAAAGUAUUCCUCCACAAAAAAGCUUAUGGCUAUGAUUCACUUUCAUCAUAUUGUGAGCUUUUGUAAAGCCAUCUAAUCUUGUCCAAAUAAGAGAACUGAAACUCACUGUACUUACUACAAAAUGUGCUUGAAAUGGGUUGUUUUUUGAGGGAUGAUUCCUGCUUUCUAAAAAAUGGCCCCAUCCUGAGGUCUUGACUUAGCCAGUGGCCAGUGCAUAGCGAUAUAGGAGGUGGGUAGUAAAAGGGGCACACACUGCAGAGGUAAUUAAAUAUCUGCCUUUUCAGUUCAUCAUUUUGAAUGUGAAAUAUUCUUCUUGGCGGGGUCGCAUGGUGUUUGAGGGUUCAUGAAAACAUUGCCAUGACUUGAAUACCUGUUUUGCAGAGCUCGGCUGUUGGGUCUGCUGCUUAGCUUAUACUGCUUUAAGUGAACUUGGAUUUGGAAAAGAGGGACAUUCAAAUUUAAGGCAUACUUCCAAAGUUCUCUGCAGUGCUAAAAGGGAUGUGAGGAAUGUGCAAUUAGCAUUUAUGUUUAUUUUUAUGUUUUAAUUACGAUGUGCAGUUUCAGUGCUGGUGACUUACUUUGACUUUGCCAAUUGAUUUUCUUUAAAACCCGCUCUAAGAUUCCAAAUUUUAAGUUUUCAACAUAAUUUGGCAAAAAUCUACCCAAGAUGCCAUGGCCAUGAUGAAAGUGUACAGAAUUCAUGUAAGAUGGGCUUACACCCCCUAACUCCCCCUCAUCCACCCCCUUUCUCCCUCCAAUAGGCCUACAGUAUUUCCCCCAGUAUGCAGACUAGCGAUGUUCAUGGUGCUGAAUCCUCACCCUUUGCUUUCUUUGUCUGCCUGUCCCUUUCCCUUGUGUGCAUGUGCACAGGCAUGCAACCCCAGAUGUGUGAGGACAAAUGAGAGUGAGAGAGAUUGUGUGACUACUGGCAUGU